AUGGUAUCAUGUCAAACAUAUACAGUGUGCGAUCCGUUAAAAGUCAAAGGCUGUCAACCAUGUAAAGCACUAGGGAAGAAAAUCUAUGUCAAUUUUACUGAAGGUGCGUCGCCGUUAUUCUUACCAGUAGCAUCUCCAGAACAAAUUCGAUACACUCAAGAGGGAGUUGAAUUUAUACUGUCCAAACCAGGGCACAAUCCCACCUUACAAUCUGAUUUCUAUAUUAUGUUUGGAAGAAUAGAGGUGAUACUCAAAGCUUCUAAAGGAAAAGGGAUUGUUUCAAGUUUUGUACUUCAGAGUGACACUUUGGACGAAAUUGAUUUGGAAUGGAUUGGAGAAGACACAAGGAGGUUUCAGUCGAACUUUUUUUCAAAAGGUGACACCAGUUCUUAUGAUCGAGGAGAAUUCCAUCUAUGUCAACCUCCUCAAGAUGCUUAUCAUAACUAUACGAUUGACUGGACUGACAAGAAUACUAUCUGGUAUUAUGACAACCAAGAAGUUCGGAGGUUACCAGGAGAAUCGCCUUCGGGUUAUCCACAAACUCCCAUGGCAAUUAGAAUAGGAUCUUGGGCAGGAGGGGAUCCUUCUAACCCUCCAGGAACAAUUGAGUGGGCAGGAGGACUGACCGAUUAUUCGAAAGGGCCAUUUGUUUUCACAGUCAAAUCGCUACUCGUAAAAGACUAUUCAACCGGAUUUGAGUAUGCAUAUGGAGACCAAAGUGGCACUUGGAUGUCGAUACAGGCAUUGGGAGGGGAAAUAAAAGGAGAGUAUCAAAAUAAUGAUAUUAAUUGGAGUGAAUAUGAGCCAGAACCUAGCUAUAAAUCGUUGCAUUUAGGAAAGGACUCAGGCAAAAACCUGGUCAACAAGCAUUCUAAAAUAUUCUCGCAAUUGUGGACAAACAAUGAGUUAAAAUCUGAACGUAGUGAAGAAAAUAAUCUGGACGCUGAGGGAGAUUCGGUGGAAAACAACAAACAUGCUGACUCAUACGAAAACGCUGAUACUACUAAAGAGAAUGAGGAUGAUGACAGCGAUAACGAGAACACACUAGGAAAACACAGAAAUUUGAAAAACGACGUCAAGGGUUUUGUGGGUAACAUAUUUACUUCUGCCAGACUUGAUGAUAUAAAAGGAGCAUUUUCUUCAUUGACAGGCGUCGCAGGAGGUGUCGACCAGGUAUCAAUAUCGGCUUUCAAAAAUGAAAAAUACCCUGAGACGAGCCCGUUCCCGGUUGUCUCGACGUCAGAAUAUAAUAUAAUUCAAAAUAGCAGCACAAAUGGAGCACGGUACACAUCAGUAAUAGGUGUAGUUCUGAUUCUCACGAUUUUGUGUAUGUUUUUUUGA